AUGGAGGCGAGCAAGAGAGUGCUUGGUGAGGAGCACCCUGACACGCUUACUAGCAUAAGCAAUCUGGCGUCAACAUACUGGAAUCAAGGCCGAUGGGACGAGGCCGAGGAGCUAGACGUGCAGGUGAUAGAGGCAAGGAAGAGAGUACUUGGUGAGGAGCACCCUGACACACUUACUAGCAUAAGCAAUCUGGCGUCAACAUACCGGAAUCAAGGCCAAUGGGACGAGGCCGAGGAGCUAGAGGUGCAGGUGAUAGAGGCAAGGAAGAGAGUACUUGGUGAGGAGCACCCUGACACACUUACUAGCAUAAGCAAUCUGGCGUCAACAUACUGGAAUCAAGGCCAAUGGGACAAGGCCAAGGAGCUAGAGGUGCAGGUGAUGGAGGCAAGAAAGAGAGUGCUUGGUGAGGAGCACCCUAACACGCUUAUCAGCAUAAACAAUCUAGCGUUAACAUACUGGAAUCAAGGCCAAUGGGACGAGGCCGAGGAGCUACAGGUGCAAGUGAUAGAGGCAAGGAAGAGAGUGCUUGGCGAGGAGCACCCUGACACGCUUAUUAGCAUAAGCAAUCUGGCGUCAACAUACUGGAAUCAAGGCCGAUGGGACGAGGCCGAGGAGCUACAGGUGCAGGUGAUGGAGGCAAGCAAGAGAGUGCUUGGUGAGGAGCACCCUGACACGCUCACCAGUAUGCAUAACCUAGCUUUCACCUUGAAGAGUCAAGGCCGGUGGGAGGCCGCAAUGCAGUUGAUGCGUGACUGCUUCAGCCUUAGGCAACGUCGGCUUGGGCCAAACCAUCCGGAUACCAUGUCUUCCUCUUCAGCUCUUGCGGAAUGGAAAGAGGAUUUGACCAAGAUGAACGAGACUUCAGUGGUGGAGGGAGGUGAAGAAGCAGGCAGUGCAGACGGGAGCUAG